AUGGUACAAUACUACACAGGCGAUAGACCAGGAGAUGUGCCGGGCAACUUGCCACAGCCGUAUUACUGGUGGGAGACAGGUGCCAUGUUCGGUGCCUUGAUAGAUUAUUGGUAUUUCACAGGCGAUGAAAAAUACAAUGACAUAACAAUGCAAGCAAUGCUUCACCAAGUUGCACCUCCGGACAACGUCUUUCAACCAGCCAACCAGACGAGAACUUUGGGUAACGACGAUCAGGCCUUCUGGGCCAUGGCAGCUCUCUCAGCUGCAGAGAACCGCUUUCCGAACCCUCCACCCGAAUCGAAGGUCUCCUGGCUUAGCGCCGUACAAGGUGUUUUCAAUCUACAGGCUGCUCGAUGGAACACCGAAACUUGUGGAGGUGGUUUGAAGUGGCAGAUUUUCGCCUUCAAUGCUGGAUAUAACUAUAAGAACACAAUCUCAAAUGGCUGCUUUUUCAACAUCGGCUCGCGACUUGCCGUCUAUACAGGAAACCAGACUUAUGCCGAUUGGGCAGAAAGGACCUGGAAUUGGGCUGGCUCGAUCGGACUGUUUGAUGCAGAGUACACUUUUUACGACGGUAGUGACGACAAUAUAAAUUGUACUGAGCUUGAUCAUACCGUCUGGAGUUACAAUGCCGGCACUUUCCUAGUAGGUGCAGCAAAUAUGUAUAAUUACACUGGUGGAUCGCCAAUCUGGAAGCAAAGGAUCGAAGGCAUAAUUUCCAGACUACACAUCUUCCUGGACAACAACGUCAUGUUUGAGUAUGCUUGCGAAGACAGCGGCAACUGCAAUGUCGACCAGCGCUCAUUCAAGGCCUAUUUCGCAAGGUGGAUGGCCGCCACCAUCGUUCGUGCCCCAUUUACUCGGGAAGCUCUCAAACCAAUACUAGAAGCAUCAGCACAAGCAGCCGCAGCUACAUGUACCGGCGGAAACGACGGCAAUCAAUGUGGACUGAAUUGGAGAACACGCACUUUCGACGGAGAGAUGGGUAUGGCAGUGCUAGAAGUCAUUCAAAGCAACCUCAUCGAUUAUGUCGAAGGUCCAGUGACAGCAGAUAAUGGCAUCAGUGAAGGCGACCCUUACGCAGGAACACACAGCCCUGUCGGACCAGCCGACCUGCACAAAAAUCCAGUAACGACAGCAGAAAGAGUCGGAGCCUGGGUCAUGACGAUUUGUUUUGCUGUCGUGGUAAUAGGAGGAGCCAUUUGGUUGGUCGUAUGA